AUAUAUGUGUGUAAGUCCCAGUACUGUGGCUUUCUCAGACUCAGGAUAUUUUUCCUCCUGCACUGCUACUAGAGAAGUCUCUAAAAGAGUUUGGCUGAAGCUUCAUCUUAUUGUUAAAACAAAAGUAGUCUUUUUUUAUAGAUAGCACUAGGUUACUUUGGGGGGUGCGUGAGAGGCUUGACAAUGUGUUUUUAAUGCUGUCAAUUUUCAUUGAAGGAUUUCCCUCAAUAGGUAUUGAAGAAUGUUUCUUCUCCUCCCCGAGUACUCAAGGUUUGAGUUGUUUGAUCUGUAAACUGCUGCAUGAAAUGGCUUAGCAUAUGACAAACACCAAAUGGUUGCUUCAUUUUGACUGUGCAUAAUAAAGCUUGUGCAGAACAGGUACUGCUCAGAUAAACAUCCCCAGGUGAAAUAUACCAAUAAGACUUUUUAAUAAUAUGUAACUGAUAGCACUGAGGUGUUCAGUCUUGGGACUGUUGCUUGCUAUCUAAGCAUUGUAGGUAGACCAACUCCUAUGCUCAUUGCUAGAUGAGUGACUUCCUUCACCAAGCUGUUUUUUCAGCAGAAUAUGCUGUUCAGAUAUAAGGGAGGAAGUGCUAUGAGAAUAGUGGGGACCAGAGGAGUAUGUAGAAGUCUAAGUGCUGUGUUAAGUGCUGGAACUCUACCAGACAGCAGUGCUGCUCCCUCAGAGGGAGGCCUCUCACCUCCUGCUGGAGUGUUUUUAGGAACAGUCCAGCAGCUUCCACCAACAGAUUCCACCUUCACCCAGUUUCCAGGCAGGCUUUCGUUUGUUUGCUUGGCAUUGCUGUCUGCAGACGUACCUCCUGUCAUAGCAUGGUGGGUGCUGCGCACCCAACUCUCUGGCUCCAUGCCGAAGCACAGCAGCUGGGGAGGUGAUGUCUGUCACAGGCUGGAGGUGGCUGUGGCCAGUGUUGUGCUGGCCUUGGAGUAAUGCCACUUUAGGUGGCUGCAGGAGCAGAGGUCUGGUUUCCUGGCUCCAGUGGAUCUGCCUGAAGAGGGGAGAAGAGCUGUGUGCAGAGCGCUGAUCCACAGAGCGGAUCUCACACCAGGCUGUGUGAGCUCUGGUGGUCAGUGGGUGGCUCCUGUGGGCCUGCUGCGCAAUGGGAAGAACUGGUGUUGUUCCUAUCCCUCUGCUAGAAUGGCCUUCUAACCAUUGUAUUAGAGGCGGUCAUCAACGAAGAUAAAUUCAGACAACUUGUAAUUAGCAAACAAACAGCAUCAACAACAACAACAAAAAUACACUGGAACAGCCACAGCACUGUUUGUUUAUGUUUUGUGAAAUAAGAAACAUAUGUGCUCUGAUUAGGGGUUAAAUGCAAAUUCUGCCUGGGUGAAUUAAGGUCUGAUUUCAAAUGAAACCUUAAAAAAAAAUCUUGCAACAUGUAGUUUAAUAAUUUAUGGAGUUCAUCUUGACUUUUGGUCAAAUGUCUUUGUUACUUAAAUAGCUUUGCUGCCAACUGAAUGUAUCAGUGUUGCGGAGAGGAGUGAUAAGGAUUUGAGGUGGUUUUGAUGCCAAAAUGCCAACCCUGGAUGACAUUUUAGAGCACAUCGGAGAAUUUGACAGGUUCCAGAAACAAACCUUCUUUGUCCUGUGUUUGCUUUCUGCUGCCUUCACUCCGGUCUAUGUGGGUGUCGUCUUCUUCGGGUUCACCCCCGAGCACCGCUGCUUCAGCCCUGGUGUGGCGGAGCUGAGUCAGCGCUGCGGCUGGAGCUUGGCAGAGCAGCUGAACCACACCGUUCCCGAGUGGGGCAGCCAUGGGGCCGCCUUCAGCAGCCGCUGCAGCAGGUACGAGGUGGACUGGAAUGCAACGGGUGUCAGCUGCACUGACCCCCUCGGCAGCCUUGUGGGCAACCGGAGCUCCGUCCCCCUCGGCCCCUGCCGAGAUGGGUGGGUCUACGACUACCCUGGGACCUCCAUAGUGACAGAGUUUAACCUGGUGUGUGAGGACUCGUGGAAGCUGGACCUUUUUCAGUCUUCUGUGAAUGCUGGGUUCUUUAUUGGCUCUGUCAACAUUGGCUACAUAGCAGACAGGUUUGGCCGUAAGUUUUGCCUCUUAACCACAAUUCUUGCAAAUGUGGUCUGUGGGAUCCUCCUGGUGUUUGUGCCCAGCUACCUGUGGAUUGUGGUCUUCCGCUUCUUGCAAGGGCUGGUCAGCAAGGGCUGCUGGACCGCGGGUUACAUCCUUGUGACGGAAGUCGUCGGCCCACAGUACAGGAGGACGGUGGGGAUCCUCUACCAGGCGGCCUUCUCAGUGGGGCUCCUGGUGUUUGAUGCCAUUGCUUAUGCAAUCCCUCACUGGCGGUGGCUGCAGCUCACUGUCACCUUACCCUGCUGCUUCUUGCUGCUGUACUACUGGUGCCUUCCAGAGUCUCCCAGGUGGCUGAUAUCUCAAGGCAAAACUGACAAAGCUAAGAAAAUUGUCAGCGAUAUAGCGAAAAAAAAUCGGAAAAAGAUGCCUUCCCAUUUUGAGGAUAUUAAAUUUGAAGAUGAUGAUAGUGGGAAACAGAGUCCUUCACUCAUUGACCUUGUCAGGACACCGCAGAUGAGAAAAAACACAUUCAUUUUGAUGUACAACUGGUUCACAAGCUCCAUCCUCUACCAAGGGCUCAUCAUGCACAUGGGACUAAUGGGUGGGAACACUUACCUGGAUUUCCUCUAUUCUGCUCUUGUCGAGUUCCCAGCCGCCUUCAUCAUCAUCAUCACCAUUGAUCGUAUUGGCCGGCGCUACCCAUGGGCUGUGGCAAACCUGGUGGCUGGGGCUGCCUGCCUUGCCACAGCCCUGAUCCCAGAAGACCUACAUUGGCUGAAACUAAUUGCUGCUUGCCUUGGGCGAAUGGGAAUCACGAUAGCUUUUGAAAUGGUUUGCUUUGUAAACACUGAGCUAUAUCCAACAUACAUCAGGAACCUUGGGGUGAUGGUCUGCUCUGCCUUGUGUGAUGUUGGUGGAAUUGUUGUCCCAUUCAUUGUCUACAGGCUGGUGGAAAUCUGGCAUGAGCUGCCACUGAUAGUCUUCACUGUUCUUGGUUUGAUUGCGGGUGGAUUGGUGUUGCUUCUGCCCGAAACUAAAGGAAGAGUUUUGCCUGAGACCGUUGAAGACAUUGAAAACUUUCACAGGAGGCAGAGCAAAUGAAAGAACCUGAGGUCAAGUGCUCACUGAAUGAAUCACUUCCUGGCUGCUGCUCACACCUUGUUGUUCUUGCAGGCAAAGUGUUCCAAAGGACAAAAAGAUCUAUCUCCAUGUCCAAACAUCAGAAGUAGCCCGUGAUUGAAGAAGGCACAACUUUCUGGGCAGUCUGCUUGACAGCACUAGCAUGAGAAAUAAAAUUGGAAUGAAUACUCUCUUCUGUCUUGCUUCCCUUUUAUCACAGAAUCACAGAACAACCCAGGCUGGAAGGGACCUUGAGAGAUCAUCAGGUCCAAGCUUUCACUGGAAA